AUGUCUGAUAAAAAAGAGGAACAGCCCUCCAGUGUAAAUACAGAUGGAGUCAAUGAAGUCUCUCUAAAAGGUGUUGAAAAUGGCAGAAUGCAAUCUCUUGAAAAACUUGAUACAAUUGGAAGAUCAUCAAGUCAAGUGCUUGAAGAAAAUCAGCAUGAAACUGAAUCUACUAAUGCUAAUGAAACUAAAACAGUAUCAUCAGAAAUUGUUGAGAAGGAUUCAGAACCGGAGACAUUAGAGUUACAAUCACUGGAAUUGUCAAAAAUAUCAUCAGGCAGUUUGCACAAGGAAAAUGCAAAUGAAUUCCAGGAGACUAUAACUGAAAAAGAAGCAGAAAGCUCUAUAGAGGUGUCUUUACAAGAUGCAGAAAAGGAUGGCUUACAUUCUACAGAGAAACUAGAUUCACUUAAAAAAGUUUCACCAGAUUGGAUAGCCAAUACAAAGCAUGCUGAACUUCUUGCAUAUCUGUAUGCUGAAGGAUUAGCUGAAAUCCCACCAGAUUUUUUUGAAGUUCAAGUUAGAAAAAGCUUAAUACACUCAAUAGAAAGUGCUACAAUAUGCCAAACGCUAUCUGAAGAAAUGUUAUCUGAAAUGAUGGUUGAUGAGUUUACAGUUCAGUUAAAUGCAAGAGGACUGGUUGAAGUUCCUUCAGGGAUUUUUGACACAAAGAAGUUGAAGUUUUUGAAUUUAAACAAUAACAACAUAAAGACCAUACCAAAAGAGAUAAAAUUGUUGACAAACCUGGAAAUAUUAUCUAUGGAAGGAAAUCAAUUAACUUCAUUACCUCCUGAAAUUUCUCUACUUAAAAAACUUAGAACUUUGAAUCUCAGUCAUAACCAAAUAUCAUGGUUCCCCCCAAAUUUUUCUGAACUGUCAAGACUCAGGUGUCUUUUGAUCAGUCAUAACAACAUUGAAAAAAUCCACUUUGCUUUAGAAAAACUUGAUAGACUAGAAAUGUUAAAUCUCAGUGGAAAUAAUGUGAUUCUCCCAGACUCUAUAUCUACCAUGAACAAAUUGAAUGCACUUUUUUUAAAUUAUUGUAACAUUUCAAUAUUCCCAAAGAUGGUCUGUUACAUUCCAAAUCUAAAUCAGCUCAGUUUGUCAGAAAAUCAUAUCCAGAGUUUACCAAAAGAAGUUAAAGAACUCAAAAGUUUAAAAGAGCUUUCAUUAAGUAAUAACAAGCUUACAUUUUUGCCUGUGCAGCUUUUUCAGUUGGUAUAUAUUGAAAAACUGAGGCUGGAUAACAACCAACUAGAAAGUCUUUCAGAUAAAGUGGAAAACCUACAAAAGCUUUGUGACCUUAAUCUUGCCAAAAAUGUAUUAAAAAUAAUUCCUGAUAGUCUUUGCAACUGUACCAUGAUAGAACGCCUCAACCUUAAUGACAACCAAUUAAGAAAGAUUCCUUCCACUUUAUACAGAUUAAAACGUCUAAAGGAAUUGUACCUAAACAGAAACCAACUGUUCUUUUUAGAUGAACAAAUAGCAUACAUUAAGGAACUCCUAAUUUUAGAAGUAUCAGGAAAUGUGUUAAUGUACGUUCCUGUUGAAAUAAAAAGCUGUACAGAAAUCACUAAAAUUGACUUAAGUUACAAUAAACUGGCUGUGUUUCCAGUUGGACUGUGUGCACUACUUGCUCUUAAACACUUAAAUCUUAGUGGAAAUUAUAUUUCAGAAAUAACUAUUGACAUUUCAUUUAUUAAAAACCUGCAGCAUCUAAAUUUCAGUAAGAACAAACUACCCUCAUUUUCCAUAUACCUGUGCACUCUUUCCAGACUGAGCUACUUAGACCUAAGUAACAACGAAAUAAGCACUGUUCCGGCAAAUGUGCAUCAAAUGCAGUGUCUUCAGGUUCUGCUAUUACACCAUAACAAAUUUAUUUUGUUUCCCAGAGAAUUGUGUGUUCUAAAUCAUCUAAAGGUUCUUGAUCUUUCUGGAAACAAAAUACAGUUCAUUCCUACAGAUGUUAAGCACCUGUCAAAGCUAAAAGACUUAAAUCUGUCAGACAACCAGUUUGCAUCAUUUCCAAAUGAAAUAUGCCAACUUUUAUCAUUGCAGAAGUUAACUCUGAGCCAGAAAAAUGGACUAAGGUUAAAAUCACUGACAGAAGAGAUAUCAAACCUGACGUCUCUUAAAGAGCUGGAUAUUUCUCACAAUGAAUUACAAGAAAUACCAGAAAGUACAGGGGAAAUAAAAAGCUUGGUCACUUUGAUAGCAAGCAAUAAUUGUUUAACAAAGCUUCCCUCAAGUUUUUCAUCACUCUGUAAUUUACAGCAUCUGAAUUUGAGAGAAAACAAGCUUCUAUACUUGCCUAGUGAUAUGCGCCUUCUUCUGGAACUAAAGGAUAUAGAUUUUGAUGAAAAUACUCUCAUCAGGCCUCCCCUGGAAGUCUGUAAAGGGAAACAACUGCUCCCCAUCACACAUUACUUAGAAAAUGCUGAUCAAAGAGAUGAAAAGGUCCUGGAGAAAAUAUUGAAAACCAUUAGUAGCAAUAUUCCUUUUGAACAUUUUGAUUAUUUUUGCCGAAAAAUGCAACUUGAUGAUGAUACAAUUGUAUCUAUUGAAAAUAACAGGUCUCUUAUGUUAGAACAAAAGGUUGCUGAGGCUUUGAAUUCCUGGAAAACGGCAAAUCAAAAUUUGUCUCCAACUGCUAUGGUAGACCAGUUGAUUAGAAUAUUGACCAUGACUGGCCUCUAUUAUCUGACCAACAAAAUCAAAGCUUUAAAGCUGUGUUCAAGACUGGUAAAGUUCUGA